GGAGCCAUCUGUCCCUUUGGGGCUCACGCCAUCUGAACUUAUUGUUUUGCAACAAGACCAGAUGCAGAGCGGUUCUGAGGAAUUUGUUGCGGCCCUCAAGUAAGGUUAGUCAUUGCGGUUCUGAGGAAUAGUUUUUUUGCCGCCCUCAAGUAGGUUAGUUUGAUGUGGUGCUGGGGACUUAGUUUGCCACCCCCAAUAAGGUUAAGGUUAAUACUCCGGUGCUGAGAGGUUUUUACCACCUCAGAAAUAAGGGAAAUGUUGUAUUGAGUCCGGACAUAAUGAAUUAAGAUUAUUGUUAAAUGAGAUGCAUUGAGAUAUGGGGAAUGAAUGUGUGUGUGUGAAUGAAUGAAAAAUGGGGGGUAUGAGCUACUGACUAGGUCUAAAACUAAGCUGACUCCAGCCACCCCAGGCCUACCCGAUGUGGGAGUUCUGAAAGCAAGGGCGGUCAGCCAAACCUUUUGACCCAGCGGAUAGGAAUUUGCACCUUACUUAUGAGCCACUGACCCCAGUGGACCUUUUCCCAGGGAGGUGAGAGAGUGAGAAUUUUCUUUAGUUCAUGAGCUGCUGAGCAGACAGGAGUGUGUGGGAAAUCCUUUCUAGCUUAUGAACCGCUGACUUAGCGGACAGGGUGUCAUCCCCAGAGAGUGUGAGACCUUUCUUUAGCUUAUGAGCCGCUAGCGGACAGGACGCCCUGUGUGAUUGGAAAAUGGGUGGGGGACAGUUUAAGAAUUCCCCCUCACCACCAAAGGGCACCCCUGCAUAUUACAUGUAUGUGCACUGUGGCCCAAGGACCUGGAGGUAUUUAGAAAAUUGGAAUUUUUACACGCAUGAUCCAUCCAAACAAUUCCCACUAGAAGGUAGCUUCGAUCUAGAUAAAAUCAUAUACCUCAGAGGAACCCUUACAUCAUCAAAAGCCUCUGAUACACAGUGGGAGCAAUUUUUCUAUUGGUGGGAGGAAGCUACAACGAGACUCCAUGAGUCUUGAGUGUGGAGUUUGAAGGACUCCCAGGAAAAAUUAAAAACCCAAGUACAGGAUUUGAUAAUGAAAUAUAAAGCAUCCGGAUGCCUCCCCUACCCAAACCACUUCAUCAACCCCCUUGGCUCCUUUAUAUCCCCAGUUAGUUAAGGCCGAAAGGGAGGAGGAGGAAAAAGGAAUGGGUUAAUUUGAAAAUUUAGCUUGGUCUAGAGAUAAAGAGAAAGCUGCUCUGCGUUCAACGUCAAGAAUCAACACAGUCUGCCUUGAUCUGCAUGCCAAGCACCAAAAAACCCAGCUGGCUGUGAAAAAUAAAGACAGAGGCAAACAAAGGCAACACAAGUUACAGGACUGAGAUUACAUUUGCAAAUGUUGGCCGCCCAGUGAGACCCAACAGUCUGCCUUUGCGACCCUGGAGUCGGUGUGGUUUGGGGAUGCUGAAGAAGCCACAGGCAGCCAGUCUGGACUGGAAUACUGAGCAAAGGUCUCUGAAAGGGACGCUCCAAGAGACCCCAGGGUGGAAAAAAACCCAAGAGUGGAAGCAAGUUGGAGAUUUUUUGCAGCGUACCUCUGGACAACCUGUGCACAGGGUGAAAUGCACUGAUGUUGUUCAGGCUUAUAUCAAGAGGAUUGAGGAGAUAAAUCCGCUUGUCAAUGCAGUUGUCAAGGCCAGGUUCGAUGCAGCUCUUCAAGAGGCCCACCAUGUUGACAAACUGCUCUCGGAAGGUCAUGGAGAUGAAGAUUCCCUGCAGGAAAAAUUUCCCUUCCUGGGGGUUCCUUUCACCGUCAAGGAGGCCUUUGCGCUGCAUGGGAUGCCCAACACCUCUGGCCUGGUUAGCCGUCGCAACUUGAUCUCCACGUCAGACGCUCUGGUGGUGUCACGGUUAAAGCAAGCUGGUGCAAUUCCAUUGGGUGUGACCAAUUGCAGUGAGCUGUGUAUGUGGUAUGAGUCUAGCAACAAUGUCUAUGGCAGAACAAACAACCCAUAUGACCUGCAAAGGAUUGUGGGUGGCAGCUCAGGUGGUGAAGGCUGCGUCCUGGGAGCUGCCUGCUCCGUAAUCGGGGUGGGCUCAGAUAUCGGUGGCAGCAUUCGGAUGCCUGCUUUUUUCAAUGGAGUCUUUGGACAUAAACCCACCACAGGAGUGGUCCCCAAUGAUGGUCAGUUCCCCAAUGCUCUGGGGGUGCGGACGGAGUUCCUGUGCACGGGUCCCAUGUGUCGCUAUGCUGAGGACCUGAAGCCCAUGUUGAGGGUCAUGGCUGGGCCUGGAGUCAGAAAGCUGAAGCUAGAUGAAAAGGUGUCACUGGAGAAAGUAAAAUUCUACUGCAUGGAGCAUGAUGGUGGUUCAGUUUUCGUGUCCCCUGUGGACAGGGAAAUUCUUCAGGCCCAGAGAAAGGUGGUGGAGCACCUGGAGACUCAGUGUGGGGUCCAAGUUCAGCAUAUAACAAUCCACAAGAUGAAGUACGCUUUCCAGAUCUGGUCUGCUAUGAUGUCUUCCCGGGACAGUGAUGGGCAGGAAGCACAGCUGUUCACAGACCUGCUUGGAGAUCAUGGGAAGCCCGUAUGGCCGCUGUGGGAGCUGAUGAAAUGGUUCCUGGGGAUGUCUUUGCACACCAUCCCUGCCAUUGCCCUGGCACUGACAGAGAAGCUGAUGAAACUCAACCCUGGUGGGAAUGCCAAGCUGGUGAGCAUGGGACACAGCCUGCGGACUGAGAUGAUGAACUUGCUGGGGACUGAUGGGAUACUUUUGUACCCUUCCCACCCCAUAGUGGCACCUAAGCACUACUCUCCCUUGGGGAUGCCUUUCAACUUUGCAUAUACAGGUGUUUUCAAUGUCCUGGGCUUGCCUGUCACCCAGUGCCCACUGGGCUUGAGCAGUGAGGGACUUCCCUUGGGAAUUCAGGUGGUGGCAGGCCUGCACAAUGACCAUCUGACACUGGCUAUGGCUCGAUACCUGGAGAAGGCUUUUGGAGGCUGGGUUUGCCCUGGAAAAUCAUAACACUGAUUCCUAGGACCCCCUCAUGGCAGGAAGACGGAGACAAUCCUUUUCCCAAAAGCUAGCAAUGGGCAUCAGUACCUGUUUGGAUCCGAACAGUAACACUCCCUCCCACACAAUCCAAGCUCCUUUCUGGAGCAGCGUGGGCAGGCUAACUCAGCCAGGACCAAGUGCUCAUUCUCCUCCAAUCAGUGGCCAAGUGCUACUGCUCAAGCUCAUGUUUUCAACUGGAAUUUUCUCCUCUUCCUGCAGACGAUGAUGGGAAAGGGAAGGAGCGAGCGAGUGAGUAUCCCCAGCCAGCUUCUUUCUGUAGGAACCUGAGUUCUCAUGGAUUCUGAAUGGAAGGCUCAUGCCCUUGCUGGGGGAGAUGGUAGCAUGUGCCCAGAUUAGGUGGGCUGCCAUUGUGAGACCACUACUCUUUAUUUUCAGUUAUUUUCUUUCUCUGUUAUGUUCGCCUCUUAAAGACAAAGGAAAGGGACAGGGAGAAGGGGCGGGCUGGACCGUGGGUACUAAAGGGUUAUUUAGGGAAUAAUCUUCCAGCAUGGUGCCUGCUGGAGAGCAAUGUUCAAAACUCCCAUGAAUGUGUAAACUUGCUUGCUGUGCUGCUGGGAUGCUCUACUUUCUCAUUUCCUGCCUAACUUAACUGUCCAUGCACAACAGAGUCACUGGCUACCUGCAGCCCAGCUGAGCUGAGUCGAAGUGAACAGAUUUUUGUAUUUCCCCCACUAACUGCAGAAUGGAAAAGGGUUGCAUGUGGUGUGUUUCUGCUUUAAAGCAUUUAAUGCUAAAGGCAGUGCGCGCAGCCUGGUAGCACCACCUCCUGUCCUCCAUGCACAGCUGCUCAUUCAGGGGCAAAGGAAGCACUGGUCUUUGACCUGCACACUGACAGCCAUGGAGCUGAAACUGUUUGGGCUCAGAGUGAACUCUUGCUGUGAGAGACCUGCUCUGCUGGGAUCAUUAUUGCAUCAGAAAAAGGGAGAAGACAUUUCUCCCAGUGUCAUGAGAUGGCUUCCCCAGCUCUUCCUUUCUCUUCCACUCCAUUGGGACAGUAGAUUUUGGCUAAGCUGCCUAAGACACUUUUCUGAAGGAGAUGAGGGAAAAGAAACGGUACUGCUAGAUGUAGAAUUUUGUCCUCCUUUGGCUCUGGGCCCUAAUUCUAUGUAGCCCCCAAGUGGGCAUGCACAAGCACUGUGGGCUACCAGCUGUUUCUUUUGAGCAAUGGUGUAUGUUUAGCAAAUGUAAAUAACUCAGCUGGUAUUAAAGAGAUUGCAUUCCUCCA